UGUGUGUGUGUGUGUGUGAGAGAGAGACAGUGUUUCCAGUUGCAGAUUUGCUCAGUGCGCACUCGGAGGAACAAGCCUUCAGUGUGCACUCAUGGAUUAAUAUCCAACUGGAGUAAUCAAUAGGAUUUUCUACACAUCAAUGACAUACUACCAGGACUUUUACACAGCGAAACCAUGUGAACUUCACGCAACUGUUGUGGUUGGCCAACCAACAAGCUCGUUUCGAUGAUUUUAAUGUCCCUUUUCAUCGCCUUCAUCGCAGGAUUUUGGAAUAGGCCACCAAAACUAAAAGCAAGGAGAACUGGAAGAUGUGUUUGUAACCCUUGGUGCUUUGAGAAUCACAUGGAAUGCCUUUUGAACUCAGAGGUUUGGAAUUCUAUCUUAAUUCUGAGCUGUCUAAGUGCUCUAUUGCCCGUGGCUGAAGGUCAGGCAAUGCAGGCUCUGGAAGACCUCAGGGGAGCACUAGAAAAGAUGGAGCAUUUAUUCAGGAAUUCCACUGCAACCUUGUACACUCCAAAUACUGAGAAUAUCAAUGAAUGCACAUAUAAGCUUAUCGACUGUUUUGUGAUGGAGAUGAACGUUCUCUUGUAUGAAGAAGAGCCAAAAAAUGAGUUGCAUACUCUGAUCGAGCAAACCUUAAAACAUUAUGAGUGUAAAGGAAAAACAUACUACUGUGAACAGGAACUCGCCAACUCCAUGGUUUUCUUUGAGAGGAUGAGGACAUUCCUCCAGAAACUGUCUGCAGUUUGCCAGGGAGAACAGAAUGCAACAUGUGUUUAGAAUCAUACUUUAUCUCACUGAUUGCAUGUACAAUAAGCUCAUUUAUCUAUUAUCAUUUUAAAUUAUGCUAUUAUCUUUUUUUUAUCACUAUUUAUAUCACUCUGAAAGUGUCACUUUGUUAAUACUGUAAGAAUAUAUUUUGUAGCAAGGGGUUUUGUGAAUAAUUUUUCAACUGUAAAUGUCUUCGAAAUGUACAGAAUUUUAAGGUGAAAUAGUAAAAAUUGUUUAAUGUAAUAUAGCUUUUAUAUAGUUUUAUAUUCCAUGUAUUGCUACAUUAAAGCAUGUUUUAUUAACAGAAA